GACGCGAGGGUCCGUGUGGACGCGGGCUGCAGUGGGCGCGGACAGCUUCCUCGUGCUGAGACUGGCCCCACGGCGGCUCAGAUGCUCCCCCGAUCAGUUUGUGUGGCCCUCCCCCUGUGAGCGUGGCAGGUCACAGGGCUUCGCAUUCCUGGAAUGAGCUCGUCGGUGCCCGUCACAGCCUCUACUUGCUGGAUGUACCUGGUCAGCACCGUCGAGGCCGCUGCGUGUGCCUGCGAGGUGGGCGGCCUGCGAGGCGCGGCCGUGGUGUUCCUGCCUUCUCCUUGCCUGGUCCGGCCUGGAAUGGCGGUGGCCUCAGACAGCACCUUUCAGCUUCGGGCUGAGCCACCGAGCGCCGCCCUACCCCGCCGGGGACUGCUGCCUGCUGUGCAGGAGCGAGCGGAAGGACCCCGCGUUCCUGGAGAGCGGCGCGAAGGCCGCGAGCAGGCUGGCGCUCGCCACGGCCCCCAAGGGCAGCGGCGCCCUGCACCUGCCGCUCUGGGUGUGCCCCGGCUGCCGCCGCGCGGUGGAGGAGGAGGAGCGGCUGGGCGGCCUGGACGCCCCGGCGGUGAGCUCUGUGAGCGGGACCCCUACCAGCUGUACCAGCGGCUGGAGCAGCAGGCCCGAGAGUACGUGCUGGAGAUGAAGGCGCGGCUCCUGCGGCAGCUGGCGGCGGCGUCCCGGGUGAAGGCGCCCUCGGGGCUGCAGGGCCCCCCGCAGGCACACCAGUUCAUCUCCCUGCUCCUGGAGGAGUACGGCGCCCUGUGCCAGGCGGCGCGCACCAUCAGCACCUUCCUGGGCACCCUGGUAAGCGCCCGCCCCUCUCCCUCCCGUCAGGCUGCGGCGGCUCCCGACGCCUGCGAGUGCCACGUCUGCAAACAGGAAGCGUCCGGCCUGCCCGCCUCCGCCGUGACCGCCGCGGCGCUGCCUCCUGGCCAUCAGUUUGUGAGCCCAGAGAAGCCCACGCACCCCGCGCUGCACCUGUACCCUCACAUCCACGGACACGUGCCUCUGCACGCGGUUCCGCACCUGCCCCGUCCUCUCAUCCACCCCACCUUGUACGCGGCACCCCCCUUCACACACAGUAAGGCUUUGCCGCCAGCACCUGUGCAGAACCACACGAAUAAGCGCCAGGUAUUCAGUGCGUCUCUUCAAGACCACAUUUACCCGAGCUGUUUUGGGAACACUCCAGAGUGGACUAGUUCUAAGUUUAUAAGUCUGUGGGGAGCACAAGUGAUGAAUGAUAAGGACUGGAAUCCUGGCACUUUCCUGCCAGACACAGUUUCUGGGCCCGACGUCCUGGGGCCGGCGCUCUCGGAAGCGAGGCCCGAAGCCCUCCCGCCUCCGCCCAGCACCGAGCCGCCCCCAGAGAGUAAGGAGAAGAAAAACCCUGCGCGGAAGAAAUGUCUGUACAACUUCCAAGACGCUUUUAUGGAGGCCAACAAAGUCGUGAUGGCCACCUCGUCGGCCACCUCCUCCGUGUCCUGCACGGCCACCACGGUGCAGUCCAGCAACAGCCAGUUCAAAGUGUCGUCCAAGAGACCGCCCUCCCUGGGUGAGGCCGCCUGCCAUCGGGGCCGGAGCGGGGUGGGGGCGGGGGCGGGGCGGCCCUGA